GUCCCGCUAGAGCGACAUGAUGGUGGAAUCCGCCUCAGAGACAAUCAGGUCGGCUCCGUCUGGUCAGAACGGCGUGGGCAGCCUCUCUGGGCAGGCCGAUGGCAGCGGGGCCGGGGCUGCAGGCACCGCUGCAGGCGGAGCGGGUAGAGACGCCGCGGCCGGCGCUGACAGCAAUGGCGAGAUGAGCCCUGCGGAGCUUCUGCACUUCCAGCAGCAACAGGCUCUUCAGGUGGCCCGGCAGUUCCUGCUGCAGCAGGCCUCUGGCCUGAGCUCCCCUGGGAACAAUGACAGCAAACAGUCUGCCUCUGCUGUGCAGGUGCCCGUGUCAGUGGCUAUGAUGUCGCCGCAGAUGCUCACCCCCCAGCAGAUGCAGCAGAUCCUGUCACCCCCACAGCUGCAGGCCUUGCUCCAGCAGCAGCAGGCCCUCAUGCUCCAGCAGCUGCAGGAAUAUUACAAGAAGCAGCAAGAGCAGCUGCACCUUCAGCUCCUCACCCAGCAGCAGGCUGGGAAGCAGCAGCCCAAAGAGGCCCUGGGGAACAAGCAGCUGGCCUUCCAGCAGCAGCUCCUGCAGAUGCAACAGUUGCAGCAGCAGCACCUGCUCAACCUGCAGAGGCAGGGACUGGUCAGCCUGCAGCCCAGCCAAGCCUCGGGGCCCCUCCAGACCCUCCCCCAAGCGGUGUGCCCGUCGGACCUGCCCCAGCUGUGGAAGGGUGAGAGUGCCCCAGGGCAGCCUGCUGAGGACAGUGUCAAGCAGGAGGGGCUGGACCUCACUGGCACGGCUGCCACCGCUACCUCGUUCGCUGCCCCCCCCAAGGUCUCCCCCCCACUCUCUCACCACCCUCUGCCCAAUGGACAGCCCACUGUGCUCACAUCUCGGAGAGACAGCUCCUCCCAUGAGGAAACCCCCGGCUCCCACCCCCUCUACGGACACGGAGAGUGCAAGUGGCCAGGCUGUGAGACCCUGUGUGAAGACCUGGGCCAGUUUAUCAAACACCUCAACACAGAGCAUGCCCUGGAUGACCGGAGCACGGCCCAGUGCCGGGUGCAGAUGCAGGUGGUGCAGCAGCUGGAGAUCCAGCUCGCCAAGGAGAGCGAACGGCUGCAGGCCAUGAUGGCCCACCUGCACAUGCGGCCCUCCGAGCCCAAGCCUUUCAGCCAGCCACUGAACCCGGUCCCCGGCUCCUCCUCAUUCUCCAAGGUGACCGUCUCCGCAGACCCGUUCCCAGAUGGUCUCGUGCACCCCCCCACCUCGGCAGCCGCCCCUGUCACACCCUUGAGGCCCCCUGGACUGGGCUCUGCCUCUCUGCACAGCGGGGGUCCAGCCCGCAGGAGAAGCAGUGACAAAUUCUGCUCUCCCAUCUCCUCAGAGCUGGCCCAGAAUCACGAGUUCUACAAGAACGCUGACGUCAGGCCCCCCUUCACCUACGCCUCCCUCAUCCGCCAGGCCAUUCUGGAAACCCCCGACAGGCAGCUGACCCUGAACGAGAUCUACAACUGGUUCACCAGGAUGUUCGCCUAUUUCCGAAGGAACACUGCCACCUGGAAGAAUGCCGUGCGCCACAACCUCAGCCUGCACAAGUGCUUCGUCCGUGUGGAGAAUGUCAAGGGCGCUGUGUGGACCGUGGACGAGCGGGAGUAUCAGAAGCGGAGACCACCAAAGAUGACAGGGAGCCCCACCCUGGUGAAGAACAUGAUCUCCGGCCUCAGCUACGGAGCACUUAAUGCCAGCUACCAGGCUGCCCUGGCCGAGAGCAGCUUCCCCCUCCUCAACAGCCCUGGAAUGCUGAACCCCGGCUCUGCCAGCAGCCUCCUGCCCCUCAGCCAUGAUGACGUGGGCGCCCCCGUGGAGCCGCUGCCCAGCAAUGGUAGCAGCAGCCCCCCUCGCCUCUCCCCACCCCAGUACAGCCACCAAGUGCAGGUGAAGGAGGAGCCGGCUGAGGCGGAGGAAGACAGGCGGCCUGGGCCCCCACUGGGUCCCCCCAACCCCAGCACUGUGGGGCCUCCGGAAGACAGGGACCUGGAGGAGGAGCUGCCCGGAGAGGAGCUGUCCUAAGGCCUGGAGGGGCAGGCAGGGCAGCAGGAGAUUGCUCCGCCCAGUACCCCGGCCCACCUACCCCCACUCCACGCCCCUCCAACCUGAAGGCACUUCCAGGACUCAGAUGGGGAGGCCUGGGCCAGCACCUCCCACUGCGACCUGACUGACAAACGCUUGGGGGCAGGAACGGUCCCGCCCCCAAGGGGACACCGAACUGAACCCCUGGUCUGGGACCGGCAAAGGACACGGAGGGCCCAGACCCCUCUCAGACCCUCCCCUACAUCUGACACCACCUCCCCCAACCACCACCAGCAGCAGGGCCCUCCUCCCCCACCAGCUCCCCCUACAGGGCCCUCGGCGCCAUGGAGACCCGCAGGCGGGGCUAAGCCACCUCUCCGGCCCUGGCCCACACCUGGCUGAUGCCAGGUUUCUGGCCAGAGGCCCCUCCCCACGUUGUGCUUCCUUCCACCUUCUUUUCCGUACUGUGAAGAAACAACUCUCCAGCUCCAGCUCCUAGCCCUGCCCUGGCCCUGGUGGGGGAACGAAGUUUCCCACCAUCCCCAAGAAAUCAGCCCUUGGGCUGUUGGGGGAGACCAGUGUGUACCCUGUGGGGGUCUGUGCCAGCGGGGCCACCCGGCUCCAGCCCUCCCCCAACCUGAGACCAGGUCCAGGCUGACGGGCCUCCUGCCACACUUUGGCUGGGUGCCCCUCCAGUGCCCCGCACCAGGUAGCACGGAUGUGCCCACUCUUGCAGGUGGAGCCCAGACGGCCCUGAGGCCCGGGCUGGGGCCAGACAGUGCCCACUGCUGGGAAGCAUGGGUCGCGCUGUGGGUGAGGCCGGCCCCAGCCUCCCCUCCACGCCUGGGGUCCCGCUGCAGUCUUCACCUACCCUCAGCACCCCUUCCCCACCCCCCCAGUUAAACGGAUGACCAAAGACCUUUCUUAUGCCGGAAGCAAAAACCAAAACUUUUUGUUGGCUUUUUCCUUUGUCGCCUCCCGACACCCCACUCUCCCAGCUCCCACCCUGGCCCCAGGCUGGAAGCCCUCCCUUCACUUAAGUUAUUGUUUUAAACCAAAGUUUACAGUGUCUGUUGGUGGCAAGACCCUCUCCCUCCACCCCUGCCCCGAGGACCCUGGGACCCCGAGAGGGCCCUCUGGCCUCCCCUCUGCCCUUGCCCUACCUGGAGGAAGGAGAGAAGGCAGAGGGGAGUGGGUGGGCUCGAGUCCUGGUCCCCAAACCUGGGCUGCUUCCUGGGGGCUCUCCAGACCCCUCUCUAGGACCAAGUCCCCCGUCACGCUGGGAGUGUGGAUUCCAGCAAAAAAGCUGGAAAAGUGAGACUCUCCACAGACCCCCUAUGGGGGACCCCAACCUAAGGCCAAGGACAGGGUGUGUCGAGUGCUCAGAACACCCUGGCCAGGCCCCUUUGCUGAGAAAACUCCUUGGAUGUUUCCCAAGAGACCCCAACAUACCCCAUCACAAGCCACCCCUCCUGAGAGGCAGGGGCCCUCCGCCCCUUCCCCCAUGUGUCCCCACCUGUGUUCCGUGUGACCAGCACAGAAAUAUUAAACGUCCUCUAUUCACUGGG